AAUGGCUCUCGGCUCUCUGUGGUGACGGAGCAGUCCAAGGUGGUGUCGAGGCGGGGGGGAAACACCACCCUGCCCUGUAAGUUCCACAGAGAUGCGUCACUGCCCACCAACCCCAAACUGAGGAUCAAAUGGACCAAGCUGACCUCAGACUACCUCAAAGAGGUGGGAUUCUACUAGAACCAAUGUCAUAAAAUAGACCAGGGUACUACUCGAAUCAAACCUCGUUUUCCAUCCACAUAAUGCAGGACUUUUGGUCAGAGUCAGAUAAUGUACAGGUCUGGUCAAAAGUAUUGCACUAUGGGGGAUAGUCCAUGUCAUAAAAGAGUCCAGGAAGUAUCCAUUGGAGCCAACUGAUGACAUCAAUUACAAAUCCUUCUUCGUGUUGUUCUAGGUGGAUGUGUUCGUUGCCAUGGGUUUCCACAAGCGGAGUUACGGACGUUUCCAUGGACGCGUCUACCUACAGGACUCGGCUCCUACCGAUGCGUCGCUGGUCAUCACAGAGCUCACACUGGAGGAUUAUGGGAGAUAUAAGUGUGAGGUCAUCGACGGGCUGGAAGACGGAACGGGCGUGGUGUCUCUGGACCUGCAAGGUAACACACACAUGCAUGCAUGCUCGUAGACACACAUACACACACACACUGAAAGUAUGUCCUCACACAGUUAGCAUUUAAUAUGCACUCAGUGUGCCUUCCGAUCACUUUUGAGAUAUGGAAAUGUCUGACUAACUUUUUGGGAGAACCAUUAUUUUAAGUGACUGGGCUGUGGUAAAGUGACUGUGUCCUGUUGAUAAAGUCUAUUUACUGUGGAAACUCUGUAGCAGCCUGUCCUUGUCUAGCUGUCCCAGGGUUCUGGCUAUAUAUUACCACGAGCUGAGACUACCCAGGAGGACUGUCAGGGGACACAUACGCACGUGCACAAACACACACAGGCAUGCGCAUGCACGUGCACACACAAGCACGCUCAUGCACAAGCAUGUACGCACACGCACACACACACACACACACACACACACACACACACACACACACACACACACACACACACACACACACACACACACACACACACACACAUACACACACAGUCAGGCCAGAGUAAUGGAGUUCAUCAAUUAGAUUUCCAUUCCUGGCUUUCCUCCAUGGAACAGGGUAUAACUCCAUACAUCACCCAGCCAGACCUGCUCCAUUAAAUAUGAGAAUGAUCAACCAUUGGCAAUCUAAAGCCUGGAGCUACAGACCUACAGCCACCACCCACUAACACAACACUGGAACAGAAAUAGUAGGAUUUUAUAUAAGGUAAUGGGGUUUAGCUAUUACAGUUUGUCUUUUUACAACUCAUGUUUUGUUUAAAGAGAGAUUAAGUGAGGACAUAAAAUCCAAAGCAAAUUGAUGUUUUAUUUAUUGCUGUUGGGAUGUUGACUUUCUCCUCUCUCUUCCCUCUCUCUCUCUCUCUCUCUCUCUCCCCUCUCUUCUGCCCUCUCUCUCUUUCCCCUCUCCUCUCUCUUCCCUCUCUCUCCUCUCUUCUGCCCUCUCUCUCUCUUUCCCCUCUCUUCUCUCUUCCCUCUCUCUCUCUCUCCCCUCUCUUCUGCCCUCUCUCUCUUUCCCCUCUCCUCUCUCUUCCCCAUCUCCCGCCUUCUCCCUCUCUACUCCUCUCUCCCCUCCCAGGUAUUGUCUACCCCUACUUCCCUCGGUUGGGUCGUUACAACCUGAACUUCUUCGACGCUGAGCGAGCGUGUCGCGAUCAGGACUCCAUCGUGGCGUCGUUUGACCAGCUGUAUGAGGCGUGGCGUGGGGGUUUGGACUGGUGCAACGCAGGGUGGCUGAGUGAUGGAUCCGUCCAGUAUCCCAUCACCACCCCCAGGGAACCCUGUGGGGGCAAGAACACUGUCCCGGGGAUCCGCAACUACGGCUUCGGAGACAAGGAGAAGAACAGAUAUGACGUGUUCUGUUUUACCUCCAACUACAAAGGUGAGAGGGGGGAGGGGAGUGUGUGUGUGUGUGGUGAGGGGGGUUGAGUGUGUGUGUGUGUAUCUAACCCUCUCCCUCUCUCCCUAUCUCAGGGCGGUUGUACUACCUGAUCCACCCCUCCAAGCUGACGUAUGACGAGGCUGUGCGUGCGUGUCAGAAGGAUGGUGCUCAGAUUGCCAAGGUGGGCCAGAUGUACGCCGCCUGGAAGCUAUUGGGCUACGACCGCUGUGACGCCGGCUGGUUGGCUGAUGGGAGCGUGCGUUACCCUAUCACCCGCCCCCGCAGGCGCUGCAGCCCAGCGGAAGCUGCUGUGAGGUUCAACGGUUACCCCGACAAGAAACAGAAGCUGUAUGGAGUCUACUGCCUCAAAGGCCACAAC